CACCUCACAUCCGUUUGCUUCGAACGAGAAUGUUUGAUAAAAGUUGAUAAGAAUGCGCCCAACGCCGCAAGAUCACUCGAGCGAGGACCUUUGAGUUUAUCGUACGAUACGUGACGCCGCGGACCGUUUCUGAUUACUCGCGGCACUGAAAUCUUGUCAGUUUAGUAUCUAAGCGUGUGGUGAUGGGUAUUCGGAGGGAAGCAAGUGUGUUGCAAGUGGUGUCGGGCUGGCAGGCCGUGGAGCUGGUGUUGAAGUGUCUGUUGCUGGGCGUGUGGCAGCUGGCGCAGAUGGCGGUCAAGCGGCUCUGGAAGGGGCACCGCAGAAAGGCGCUCAAAAACUCUCACGUAGAGGUCACCGUUGACUCCUCGAUCGGAAGACACUGCUACAUUAAGAUUAUGGGUGUGAAGUACCAUUAUAUAGAAACGGGCCCAAAAACAGGUCACAAAGUCUUAGUUCUCCCGGACGCACCAGAAACUGCGAACCUGUGGGGCCCGAACUGGUGCUACAUAGUGAAACAGCUGGCGGACACCGACCACCACGUCAUCACACUAGACCUGCGGGGCACGGGGGCCAGCGAGGGAGGCAGCCGGAGCGACCUGUCUCCACCGAGGGCAGUGGAGGAGCUGGCCAUGCUGAUGUCAGCUCUGGGGGUGUCGGAGCACAAUCCCGCUACUGUUAUUGGGUUUGGGAUUGGAGGAAUGCUUACAUGGUACCUGGCGCACUGCCACGGCGCGCUGGUGCGCCGCAUGGUGGCGGUGGGCGCGCCGCACCCCAGCCUCUACUGGCAGUUCCCGCCCGCGCCCUUCUGCAGGGGCGCGUUGCACUUUAUACAGUGGCCCCACUUCCCGGAGCGCUGGCUGGCGGAGAGCGGCGACGGCGGCCGCUGCACGCGCGCGAGGGACUGGCUCGGCGCGCUACACUAUGUUAGAGGCGCGGCGUGGUGGCGCGUGCGGCCGGGCGCGCUGGUGGCGGCGCCGGCGCUGCUGGUGGGCGGCGAGGGCGGCGCGCCGGAGCUGGUGUGCUCGGCGCAGCACGCCGCGCGCCCCACGCUGCGGCUCGUCGGCACCCCGCAGCCCGACGACCCGCAGCUGCCCCGAGUGCUCGCAGACUUCCUCCAACGUGAGUACUCCCCGGAGCGGGAGCCGGUCCGCGGCGGGCUGGUGGGCCGCAUGCUCAGCCGCGGCCGCGAGCUCACCGCCCGCCUGGCGCUGCCGGCGCAAGCGUAACUACCGACACCACUGAUGAUGGCUCACCUGCACGCCAC